GCCGAAACGCGCACCUCUCGCAGUUCGCGCGCAGGGCCAACUUGGGGCUGGAGGGGCGGCGCAGUCUCGCCGGUGCGCCGCUGCUGACGCGGGCCUGUGCGGAGGCUCGCCCAGCGCAGGGUUUCGCAGAGCAGCGCACGAAAACACCUGGCCUGCUGUCGUGCGUCCAGGUCGGCGAGUGGGUGGACGAGUCCGACGAAACGAACCAGGAGCUCGCCGCCAUCAUCGACGGCAUCAUCACCAGCGGUGGAAGCAGCAGCUUCUGCUCAAUAUCCGAAAUCUUUGACGUCUGCAUGACCCUCCAACAAAAUCAUAGGAGACAUGCCAAGGAAUGUGGGCCACAACAGCACCAACUGCAUAAGUCCGCCGAGGAGGCAGUGGCCGCUGAGAGGGCCAACCGGGGGCCGCUUCCAGGGCCGAUUGGAAGCCCUCCGAGCGGCAUGUAG